UCUCAGAACCCAUUCCAUUCAUCGAUUCUUAGACCCCAGACAAAACUUUCCUUUCUUUUCCUUUCCUUUCCUUUCCUUCCUCUUUCUCACUCUCUCUCCUUCCAUCGCUCGCAUCGAGAGCUCAUUUCUCCUCCAGAGACGCUCUCGAUCCAUCGAGCAAACAAUCACCUUAGGAAGGAGACGUUCUUCUGCUAUGUACUUAACAAGAUUUCUCCGAUAAUUAAUAAUAACAACAAAGAUAAAUAAAUUUCCUGUUUGUUUUUCUUUUUCUUGAAUCGAAAGAUCGAGGAAUAUUAUAAGAAUAACCAAAUUCCGGAGGAAAAUUCAAAUUAAUGGAAGGAAUAACAACGCAGUUGAGGAGAGGAAUCUCCCGCCAGUUGUCGACGGGGUCAUUUCGGAGGACCUUAAGUAGGCAGCUUUCUAGGCAAACUUCUCUCGAUCCCAGGAAGAGAAAUUUGAGAUUUAGCUUUGGGAGGCAGUCUUCGCUGGAUCCUAUUCGGAGGAGUCCUAUUGAUGAUGAGCAGUUUGCGGUUCCGGAGAAUCUCGACACUACAAUGCAACUGCUGUUUCUGGCGUGCAGAGGAGAUGUGCAUGGCGUUGAGGAUUUGUUGAAUGAAGGAAUUGAUGUUAAUAGCAUUGAUUUGGAUGGGAGGACUGCGUUGCAUAUUGCUGCUUGUGAGGGACACUUGGAGGUUGUCAAGCUUUUGUUGAGUAAGAGGGCUAAUAUUGAUGCUCGUGAUCGCUGGGGGAGUACGGCAUGUGCUGAUGCUAAAUAUUACGGAAAUGUAGAAGUGUACAAUUUUUUGAAGGCUCGAGGAGCCAAAGCGCCGAAAACCAGGAAGACCCCAAUGACUGUUGCGAAUCCUCGAGAAGUCCCAGAGUAUGAGCUUAAUCCAUCAGAGCUGCAGGUUCGAAAGUGUGACGGGAUCUCAAAAGGAUCACAUCAAGUGGCCAAAUGGAAUGGCACCAAGGUUAGCGUAAAGAUACUACACAAGGAUACCUAUUCAGACCCUGAGAGCAUAAAUGCUUUCAAACAUGAGUUAACCUUAUUAGAGAAGGUCAGGCAUCCUAAUGUGGUUCAGUUUGUUGGAGCUGUUACCCAAAAUAUACCCAUGAUGAUUGUCUCGGAGUAUCUUCCUAAAGGUGAUUUGGCAAGUUAUCUUCACAAGAAAGGGCGUCUUUCUCCAUCCAAAGCUUUGAGAUUUUCUCUUGAUAUUGCUAGGGGAAUGAACUGUCUUCAUGAAUGCAAGCCGGAUCCCAUCAUCCAUUGUGAUUUAAAGCCAAAAAAUAUUUUGCUGGAUAGUGGUGGUCUGUUGAAGGUAUCUGGGUUUGGUUUGAUAAAGUUGUCAAAGAUUUCAACUGACAAAGCUAAAGUAGCACCGGGGACUCCCAUUGAACCUUCAAAUAUUUAUGGCGCACCUGAGAUUUACAAAGAUGAAAUAUUUGAUAGAACUGUGGAUGCAUACUCUUUUGGUAUAAUUUUGUACGAGAUGAUUGAGGGAGUGCUGCCUUACCAUUCCAAAUCUCCGGAAGAGGCUGUAAAAUUGAUGUGUUUGGAGAAACAGAGACCACCACUCAAGACAAAAUCAAGAAGUUAUCCUCCAGAUCUAAAACAGUUGAUUGUUGAAUGUUGGCAUCCGGAGCCUGUUGCUAGGCCAACCUUUUCUGAUAUCAUUGUACGGUUGAAUAAAAUAGUUGCCCAGUGUUCAAAACAAGGAUGGUGGAAAGACACUUUUAAGCUUCCUUGGAAGUAAGAGGCAAAUCAGUUCCAGUCAAAGAAGUGCAACAAGAUAAAGUUGAGAAAUUUCCAUAGCCUUAACAGUUUUGGAGCUUCAUGUACACUAUCCUAAUUAUAAAUCAAAUGGAUCCUGGGCAUUAAUUGGAUUGAAAAUCAAAAUGAGCUUUAUCCCUUGUUUUCUGUUCUCUUAAGGAGCUGCAACAGUUCCUUUGUGUGUAUAAUAUGUGCAAAUGCUUGUUUUUUUGGUUGUUUAUGUUCACACAUACAUUUUAAAAAUUAUUUUUUGAAAAUGGAAGGCAAAAGGGUCCUUUGUUGUAAUGCAUUUGGGUGCUAUUGGUAACAGUGAAUGAAAAUGAUAUACUGUUUAUGAUGAGUAAAAAUAAGUUUGUUCAAAU